GCGCUGCUCCUGCUCUUGCUGCUCCUGGCGGCGCUCCAGUCCGGAGCCACUCGGGCCCUGCGAGAGCAGCAGCAGCCGUCUCUGAAGAAACUGACCAAUGAGAACUAACUUCUGCCUUUAGGAAGCAGGAAAACCAUGACAUUCAGGACAACACUGAAUGCAGCUUUCUUUCCUCAACUAUGGCCUGUGGCUUCUCUUUGUCCUGCACGUUCAUCAGUCCCUGGUUGAACAUAACGAUGGUGGGUGGAGCGACUGUGGAAAGCAACAGAAUGCUUAUUUGUGAGACAGAACAGGUAGUUCUUGCCAUCCUGGAUGUUGUUCUUUUCCUCCUGCCUCUAUUGAAAGGGAGACUUUGAAUAAACCACUGAAUCUUGCACACAGCCAAGUCAGAGCCAUACAAUUCUCGUGAGCUGUAAGAGGACGUAUUUGCAGGUCGGAGUUUCCAGUUCCUUUUUUAUCUCUCGUGAGGGGAAGAAAUGACUUUACCAGAACUUGCUCCAAGUUGGUCACAUAUAUUGAGUCUUCAUAUCACAGAGACUUUCAAAAUAGAAAAAACUGUGAUCAGUCUCUGAGGGCUUUUUUGGGAACCUGCCUUGAUUUAGGAGGAGAUAAAAAUGACAACUUCAAUUAGGAGGCAAAUGAAAAACAUUGUGAACAAUUAUUCGGAGGCCGAAAUAAAAGUUCGGGAAGCAACUUCAAAUGACCCCUGGGGUCCAUCCAGCUCCUUAAUGACUGAAAUAGCGGAUUUAACAUACAAUGUGGUGGCCUUUUCUGAAAUAAUGAGCAUGAUCUGGAAACGUCUGAAUGACCAUGGCAAAAACUGGAGGCAUGUUUAUAAGGCCUUAACUCUGUUGGAUUACCUGAUUAAAACUGGCUCGGAGAGGGUGGCACAGCAGUGCAAAGAGAACAUCUUUGCUAUCCAGACUCUGAAGGACUUUCAGUACAUUGACCGGGAUGGUAAGGACCAGGGCAUCAAUGUGCGGGAGAAGUCCAAGCAGUUGGUAUCACUUCUGAAAGAUGAUGAUCGGCUCAAGGGAGAGAGGGCCCAAGCCCUGAAGACGAAAGAGCGCAUGGCACAGGUGGCUACUGGGGUCGGUAGCAAUCAGAUAACCUUUGGCAGAGGUUCCAGCCAACCUAAUCUGUCCACCAGCUACUCAGAGCAAGAGUACGGCAAGUCAGGAGGCUCUCCAGCUUCUUACCACGGCUCUACAUCACCUCGAGUGUCUUCAGAGUUGGAGCAGGCACGGCCUCAGACGAGUGGAGAAGAAGAACUUCAACUGCAGCUGGCCCUGGCUAUGAGCAGAGAAGUUGCAGAACAGGAGGAGCGCCUUCGACGCGGCGAUGAUCUGAGAUUGCAGAUGGCUUUGGAGGAAAGUCGCAGAGAUACAGUUAAAAUUCCCAGAAAGAAGGAGCGCGGAACGGUCUUGGAUCUCAUGGAUUCCCUGCCCUCCUCAGUGCCAGCUCCUCAGAAAGGAGAGCCUUGGGGGCCACCAGCUGCAGCAGGCCAGACAGACCCAUGGGGGGUGCCUGCAGCCAACAGUACCACCUCAGACCCCUGGCAGUCAUUUGGUGCCAAACCAGCAGUCUCUGUUGACCCCUGGGGAGCCCCAGCAGCGCCAUCUGCUGCCCAGCCUGUGCCAAAGAAUGUAGACCCCUGGGCUCGCUCUCAGACACCCUCUGUAGCAACAAAAGCCGCUGUUGAUCCUUGGGGACCAGUGCCAGCAAAUAGGCCUAUUUCUGCUUCUGGUAGCAAAUCUUUUGACCUCUUCAGCAAUUUGAAUGGGACAAUUAAAGAUGACUUUUCUGACUUUGACAGCCUUCGGACAUCUAAAAAGCAAGGUUCUGCUUUGUCAGCCCAGAACAGCGGUACGACUAGUCCUGACCUUUUUGAGUCUCAGCCUGCUAACUCGGCCUCGAGUAAACAGAGCACGGCUCGGAAAACCCCUGAGUCUUUCUUGGGCCCCAACGCUGCUCUGGUAAACCUGGAUUCAUUGGUAUCGAAGCCUCCCCAGCCAGCCCCUUCGCUGAAUCCUUUCUUGGCUCCAGGAAUGGCAGCUGCCCCUGCUGCUGCCCCUGCUGCUGCAGCUCCAAUCAACCCCUUCCAGGUGAAUCAGCCUCAGCCCCUCACUCUCAGUCAGAUGCGAUCCAGUCCUGUCAUGGGAAGCAGCCCAUCCUUCAGCACUGUGGCAGUUGUAGGCGUGGAGCCUGUACCUUUGCCUUCCGUGGCACCGGUGGCUAUGGCAAUGGCACCCAUGCCAGUCAUGGGCACUGUGGUGUCUCUUACCAGAAUGGGCCAGGGGAUGAACGUGGGCUCAGUGGUGCAGCCUCUUCACAGUACUGGGCUCCCUUCCUCGGGCUCCCAGCCUGCAAACGCUACUAAUCCUUUCCUCCUAUAAAGGCCCAGUGCGUGAAACUGAACUUGGUGGAAGAUUUGCAGAAUUUCUGAGGCCGGUUUGGGCUGAACUGUGUGUGUACAAGAGACUUGGGGGAAACUAGGUUUGUGGUUUACAGUUGCAUUCACUGAAGACUUCUCUCGCCACUUGCCAUUUAAUCUAAAUCUAGCCUUUGUUGCAGAUGGUACUUUUUACUUUCAUCUAGUGGGAGCAUCGCAUAACAGGUUCAGACUUCUGUCACCAAAGUUUUCUUCUCUUUGCUCCUCUCACCCCCACUCCCUUUUUUUUGUUAAUCAUUUCAAUAUCGUAGGAAGAACCUGCCAUUUUAAGUAGCCCUCAUCGCUGUAUUUUGAAGACCAUAUGCUGGACCCUGAAGUGGUUACAACUCAAGUCUUGUCAGAACUCCAUGCUCCUAAACAAUAGGUUUGAGACUUGAGAGUGCUAGUGGACAUAUUUGCACAUAACUAUAUAUUAUUCUAGACUGUUGGUUCACCCAUAGUCCUUAUACAUCUUAGAAGAAGAAAGAGGGAUUUGGGGUGCCCAGAAAUGGUCGUCCCCCCCGUACACUAAAACAUGAUAGUGCCAAACUGGACCCAUUGUCUGGGCUUGGGGUUGCAUUGAAACGGAUGGCAAAAGCAAGCUUGUCAAAAGGUUGAAAGAAGCAGGCUCUCAUGUGGUAGUGAAAUCCUACGGGUGUGCUGUUUUGUAGGCAGUGUUGAAUUUUUUACACUUAAAAGGACUCGUUAGGACUUCUGCUUGAAUGGCUGGCAUGCUGUGCUGGUGUCCAGGAGUGUUUUGUUCUGUGCUUGUCCGAUAGUAAGUUCAUUUGGGAAUUACUGUGCGUGGUUAUCUUUUUCUUUUUAAAAAUGAGCUUGCAACGUAAGUUAAAAAUGAAGAGUGGGCAAGGGAGGCGGGUGAGAGUUGACACAACAUGAAAUUCAGUUCCAUUGGAGCAAGUUUGGGAACUAAUUAGGGAUGAACUUUGCCAUUAUGCAGUUAUCCUUGUAUACAUUUUGCACUUUUUAAAGAAAAUAUUAGUACCAUUUUGGAUUUGAGUUGGCAAGAUUGACGCUCAGUUUCUCUCUUGCUAAUUUUUAUAAUGUGGUUCUUAUUUAACAGUCUGUAGCUUUGAUAGACUUAACCUGGUCUAGCUAAAAGAAUUAAGUUAUAGUCAUUUUUUAUGAUUUAAUGCCCUCUUAUUUAUAUUAUCUAUCUAUAUAUUAGCUCUUGGUUUCCGUACAGAGUUUAAAAGGGAACGCUGAGAAAACUUUUGCUUUUGGACGAAGAGUUUGAAAUGAAAAUCAAAACGUUCCUGUGGCAUAAACUUUGAGUGGAAUAUGAACGUAAUAUGACAUAUAAAAGGAAAACACUACGUUGCCUUUCCCCUUCCCUGUUUUGUGAUUAUGUCUCCCUCACCCUGAAUGGAAAAACUCUUAAGCCUUUUAUAGACAGAAGAUCAUGAAAGAAGAGACCACUUCUCUCUUGUAAUACUUUGGGAAGCUUUUAAAAGAAAACACUGUAUGAAUGUUGUUAAUUUUAAUCAGCUGAAUUCUUCUAACUAAAGAUGCACUCCAUGCUAACAACUGGCUCUGUUUACGGUCUUCAUUGCAAAGUGAACUUUUGAUUACUCAUUAAGCCAUACCCAGGUUAAAGUUGUCAUUACCUGCUUUCUUCAAAAAUGGCAAUUGUAAAAAGAACGACCUCUCUCUCUCUCUCUCCCCCUCCCUCUCCCCCUCCCUCUCCCCCUCCCUCUCCCCCUCCCUCUCCCCCUCCCUCUCCCCCUCCCUCUCCCCCUCUCUCUCCCCCUCCCUCCUUCUCUCUCUCUACCCCUCUCCCUCUCCUGAGUGGGCUGCCCUUCAUUUUUGUAACCUGUUUGUUUGCAGUGGUAGUAGAGCAUCUACUUUGUAAGUGGACGGUCCCAGGUUCAACCCUGGUAUCUCCAGAUAGUGCCUGAAAAUCCUGGAGAGCCCCUGCCACCCAGUGUCAACAGCACUGAGCUAGAUGGGUGGAAACUGAAUAGUAUCUCUGGUGUUAGACCAGAGUGUCAAGGUACCCGGGUCAUAAGACAACAAUGGCACACUAGUGUGUCUUAUUAAGGGGCAGUCAGUCAUAUCCAAAAUUGCUGCUGGCAGGGUUGAAGGUCUUGGUAUUAAUGCAGAUGAAGCAGCUACUUCCCAGUCUGUCUGUAACAAUAUUAGCCUGUCCUUCUUGCCCCCUCCUCCAGUCCUGUGACUUCCAACUGUGUUUCAUUUUCUUUGUCCAGAAAUUUUGGAUCUCUCCUUGUGUUGAACAGGCCACAACAAAAGCCAGUCCUCCAAGUAACAGUGGAGAUGCUAUGAAGACUGAAUGGUUUCUCCCAGGUCAGACGUGAAAAACCCCUUAGCUUCCGGAACAUUCUACAGUAAAUGGGAGCUAAACCAAGUACCAUGUCUUAGCCCAAUGUUGGUGUAUUUCCUACUUGUUGGAUAUGGCUUCCCUCCCGCAUCUAAAUGCAGCACAUCAGGACAGCGAUGAGAGAGACUUCAUUGCACAAUUUAAUUCGUACUUUCCAAACCAAUGUGCAAGCUGAAAUACAGCUGCCUUUCAAAAUUCACUCUCUCUGAAUUUUGUGUGUUAGGGUGAUGCAGUUCUCCAGCAGGAAAAAAUGUGUUAAAAAUGCAUAUUUUAGGGGCAAGUGCGCAUAACAGUGUGUAUAUUUGUGAAAAAUAAUGUACAAAAUGCAUUGUAUUAGGGAAAAUAGUUUGCAAUACACAUAUUGGGCAAAUUGUAUUCAGAUGCUUGUAUUAGGAGAAAUGCGUACACAUUUUUGUGUGGACCUUUUUUUUUAAUGCAUACCGAUAUGGAAAUGGGUCAAGCUGAACUUAGUAUCAGAAAAAUGAGAAAAACUGAAAUUGAUAUUCAUCCUCGCAUCAUGGACACGUCUUGAUCUGCGUCAAUGAGUUUUUCCUAACCACUGUUUUUAAUAAUAAAGUAUCAUAGCCAUA